CUUACGUCGUCACAUAUAUAUGAAAAAUUUCUGAACAUGACCUGCAUUGUAGAUGCUUAACGUAACUAAAUAAAGCAUUGAUUUUUUUAAAAUUGAAUUAAAUCUUCCACCUUCAACAUUCUCAGUGAAUCGCAAGCAUGUCUGAGGGUAUUACUAAAAAUGGUGCAUUUAAAUAUGAUGAUGGAAGUAGAUAUGUUGGAGAUUGGAAUAACAAAGGUUUAAAACAUGGAUUAGGUUCUUUACUUUUUCCCGAUGGUUCACGUUACGAUGGAUGGUUUAAUAAUGGAUUAUUCUCCAAAUUAGGAGUCAUCAUAUUUCCAGAUGGUGCAAAAUAUGAAGGAGAAUUUACUCAGGGAUGGUUCCAUGGUUAUGGUGUUUUUUGGAGAUCAGAUGGUAUGAAAUUUGAAGGAGCAUUUCAUGGUGGACGAAUAUGGGGAUUAGGUUUGGUAACUUAUUCAGAUGAUACUCAUGGUUUUCCACGCAAUGAAGGUUUCUUCAAAGAUUGCAGAUUAAUUCGUCGAAAACGUUGUUCUGAAAUAGUUCAUAAGGCCCAAAGAUGUGCUAUGUUAGCUAGAAAUCAAAGUGCUGAAAUUAAUCAUUAAUUUUUAUUUAUAAAUUUUAUAAAAUUAAGAAACCCGAUAAAAAGUUGUUUUUAAUUUUAAAUAAAUUUACUGUUCGAAUUUUUUGUUUAAAUAAAUGGUAUUUUAAUUGGUAA